AACGCAAUGCACGUCCUUAUUUGUAAUUAUUAUGUGUACUUUCUGAAGAAUGUAAUUUAAUGUAAACUUAUUACUAUACUACUGUCACAAAGAUACAUUUAGUUUUGAAUUGUAAUGAAACAAAUGCGGCUAAUUUAAAUGUGAAAUUCUCGGUACAGAGUGAUUGAAUUUAGGCCUCGGUGGGCCGAUGUAGUUUUGAUUUUAGUAAAUUGAUCCGCGCUCCGAAAUACUUUGAGAAUCACUGGUUUAAAAGAUAUAGUAUAAAGAGAAAAAUACCGAGGCAAAGCGACCGUUUUGGUUAGUAAAAUGGUGGCUAAACUUAUUCGCACGCCUCAGUUUACAAGAUAUAAGCAGAUGAGUUUGUGAAAUGACCUACGAUCGAGCGAGUUGAUGGGCAAAGGGAGUGUACUCGCCAACGAAGAGUUAGGACGCGAGGGAGAACACAGAGACGAUGGAUCAAACCUCAGAAAGUGUGCACUUUGUUGUUGCUGAUUGGAUCAUUGAGUACUUUUGCCCUUAUGUUUUAAACGAUUUAUGGAUAAUUCUUUCGUCGUUGAUGAAGUUUCUCGAAAUUUCAUCGACGGUAUGUUUGGCAUUAUCAGAGAUCAACCUGGUGUUGUAAACAAGAAAGAAGUCUGUUUCCUUGCACUUUUUGCACAUUUGUUUCAUGUACAAAAUCUAGACACAUCACCAAUGGAUGAGGAUGCCUUUGAAGACUUUUUCUCAUCAUUCAGAUUGGUACUUGAGUGUAUCAACAGGCUUGAGCUGAACAUCACUGACUUCCCUAAUCUAGUCAGUGAAGCAAAGAUACUUCGUCAAAAAACAGUUUUGCAGACAGUCUGUGUAUUGUGCCGAAAAGACCGCUAUGAUCUUGCUGCAUUGAUAAGUGAGAAGCUGUCUUCACUGUGUCCAUAUGGAGAAAAAGUCAACACAAAGAUAGAAAAAAUUCUUAAAGCAAAGCAAAAACCAAAUUCAUCCCUUGAGAAAGAGUCUUUUGCAAAAUACAUGGAGUCAGUUGGAAAUUUCAUGACCUCUGUCUACGAGACUUUCAAAACCCCCGUCUUGACUUUGCUUGUGAAUACAUUUUCAACACCACCAUCUCAACUUUCAAAGAGAAAAGUAACUUGCAAAAAUUUGAAACGAUUCAAAGCAAAUAAAGAUAUGGUAACUAGCAACAGAGUAAACAAGAAAAAGCUUUAUUGUAAUCUGGAGCAAAUACGAUCACAGUCACAGUUUUCAAGACCCUAUUGACAACAGUGUGUGGACUUUACUGUUGUAUGCUGCUCUCAGGAUUGCUUUGGGAAUUCUCAAAUAAUAUUAAGACAUAGACCAAAUAACUGCAUUACAGGUUACGGAAAAAGCAGUUUCUGCUGUUUAUGAGCGCAUGAUGGCUCUUGCAGGAAGAGGAACAGAGUGAAGAAGAUGAAAUUGACAGCUGCAUGGAAAGAACACCUAAAAAAGUCCCAAGUAAGUUUUCUCAGAGUGAAUCGCCGAGAAGUACAGUUGAUUUACACGAUUCUGUUGCAAGUAGUCAAAGUGAAUAUAAAAGGACCAGGGGAAGUAGUAAAUCGUCUGACAGCGGAAAAGGUUCUUCAGAACUGGGUCAUCACAGAAAUAAAAAAAGAGUUGAACCAGAGUGCAGCGAAAGUCAUAGUCACAUCGAUGGCAGUGAUAGUGACAGGAGUUAUGUGGAGCCUGAAAGAAAGAGCGAUUGGCUAUGCACGGAACAGACAAAGUCAUCAGGAGACAGUGUGUGUGACGACAGUCUUGAUGAGAGUCCUUCCAAAAGGCCCAAGCAGAAAUUGCGAACGUGUCACAAGAAGCACCUGAAGUGGACAGCUUCAGAGGAGGAAAAGUUUUACCAAGCAGUGCAGCAGCAUGGAGUGGGCAACUGGGCACUCAUUCGCUCCCAGCUUGGGAUGCAGCGUACCAACGUGCAGCUGAAGGACAAAUGGCGUACUAUUCUUCACACAACUUUUAAUAAGCUUUGCAAAAAGUUUGGGCCUGUUUAAUGGAGAAUGCUUUAUUUUUAAACCCUUCCCUCCUACCCUCUUGAAAUUAUUGCUCAGGCACACUGUUCUUUCUUCAUGUAGCCUUAGUUGCCGGCUUGGCAUAAAGCAGCAAUUCCCCCCGACCUCCCUGCUAAUUUAGCUGUGUUUGUGUGCACGUGUGUGUGUAUGUAAAAUUGUAAAAGUUUGUUUUCCCUUUCCCCACCUGCUUCUCAUUUUAAGUGAAUGUCACCUGUACUUUUGUUGCAUGCAAUCACGUGAGACAUAUGCUACCUUUUGUUCCUUGAUUUGAUAUUUUUGUUGGAUUCUAGGCAUUUGGAACAGAAGUGGCUAAUUUAAAAAUAAUGUUCAUAUUACCACGAAAACAAACUUGCACUUGUUUGACAAGUGUGGUACGUUGAACCAGCCACACCCUUUUAACUGCCGUGCGUGCCGAGGAUAAUUGGAAAAAAAAUAUAAUCUCUUUAAUAAAAGAGGGCAAAAAUAUCUUCAGUGCAUGUGCUUGUGUGUGGGUGCAUGUUUAGAUGAUGCUUUUCUGCUUUCAUCUCUCACAUCAGCCCUCAUUCAGUCUAGUGUUUUGUCUUGUGUAAUUAUUACUAAUCCUGCCAAAGUCCUCAUGGAUAUUUGCAAUAUUAUGUGGUCACACACUUCCUGUUAAAGUGUGCACUUAGUUCACCCUGUGAACUCAGCCAGACAAAUAGAGAAGGGUGCAGACUGAUGUGUGGGGAAUGUUACAUGCACUUCAGUGGCCGACUUACCUUGGAUGUGGAAAAGUUACCAGAAGCAUAUUCAUAUGUAGGAGGGUAGACAUAGAAGAAAGGAAAAAAAAACCAAACUGGCAGACAAGUUCACUUCUUGAAUGCAAUAUUAAAUUCCCUAUCCUGUUUCUAGUCAUUGGCCAGUAUCAGACCUAAUUUUAACAAUGCAACAGGAGUGGAAAACAAGAUGUUUGUGAUGGGGUUUGGGAAGAGGAAGGUCGGUAAGCAAGGGGCCAGGGAGAGUUGGUCAGAACUGCUGUGACAGAGAAAAGAACCAUAGAAAUGUGAGGAAACUGUGUGGUAUAGCGCAUGCCUUGUGCACAGAUUGAGGCACUUACCACUCGCUCGUGUCUGGUUCACAUGGUGGAUUAGAAAGUUGUGAUUUCCCAGCUCACUAAUUCAGAUAUCUUUCUGUCAAAACAGGUAAAAGAAUACAUGUUAAUGUCACUCUUAAAAUUUUGAAAGAGGCGCACCGAUUGCAUGCUUCUAUUGCGUAGUUGCAGAGAGAAAAUCCCCUUACUGAGACCAGGAAAAAAGUAUUAUGUAAAGUUCUGGACACUGACCCAUUUUUCCGUGUCUCUGUUGUCAAUAAAUAUAAAGAUAAAGGUGGCAAACAUU